AUGAAGAGGUUUGGAAGGAUCAGGCAUGUGGCCGUGAGCAGUGCUGAUUAUAACCUGAGCUGGACGGAGAGCGGUCGGGGCCAGUUCUCCGUCAGCACCAACCUCAGCGUCAAAGCCGCCUCCAGCUGCGACGUCCAGUGUGCGGUGUCAGUGUCGGCCAUGACAGCUCCACUCCGCAGCACGGUGCGCCUCACUGUGGUUGCAGAGGUGCUGGAUACGGGCGACCUCACCGUUGCCGUGGCGUUGCUGGGCUCUCUCUCCGCUCUGCUGUUGCUCGCCCUGCUCUGCGUCGCCACUGUCCUCUGCCUCAGAACUAGAGGAAGAACGAUCCACAGCGGCUAA